CGCAGGAAUAACGGCGAACCAAACAAGCCCAGAACACAAACCAACGGAAAGCCAACAGAGAGACGUAAAGAUGAAUUUGAAGAAAGCAAACCCACCAACGCCACCGGCGAGCUCAGUAUCCCCGACGAAUCAGCCCGACUCGCAAUCCCCUUCUCCGUCGGCUUCGGCUGCAAUUGCGGCGGUUGGGGAGCUGGUGGAGUCGUUAAACCAACGGAAGAUGUACAGAGAGGUGACACUCGCUCUCCGAUCCGGACUCAGAGACGCGCGAGCUGAGUUCUCCUUCCUCCGUGUUCGCGGCCUCCGUUGCCUCCUCAAAUUCCUCCGUUCCGUAGCUGAGUCUGACUCGGUUAUUCGUUUGUUCUGCCUCACUCAAUCUCUCUCUGAUCUCCAAGUGGUUCCUGUUCUGUUUCAACAUUCGCUGAAGGAUGCAGAAGAAGAUAUAGUGACCAGUUUGGAUCAUAUAUUCACUGUUGAGCCUAUGAAGUUAACGAACCCCUCAACUGAUACUGAAGUUGCACUUGCACUUCGUGUUUUGGAAGGAUGCUGCCUGAUUCACAGGCAAAGUACAAUUUUGGCUCACCAACACAAGGCGAUUCCGGUGUUGAUGAAUAUACUAUCAAGUAGAGGAGUUCUUGAGCAAGGUGCCAGCGUGGACGCUCUGAUUGCUUUGAUGUUAGAUUCGAGUGCUAAUCAAAUGGAUUUUGAAACCUGUAAUGGCAUUGAGGAAGUUGCUGCAAUUAUUAGAGACAAACAAGUUGAUGAAAAUCUCAGGAUGAAAUGCGGAGAGUUUCUGUUAUUACUCAUUGGACACGUAGAUGGGAGAGAUAUGCAGCCAAUGGCAACAGUACAUGAGGACAUACGUCGACUUCUGGGAGAAAAGUCUGCGUCGUUGAUAUGGGCAGCUAGUCAAUUUGGCUCAACUCUUGACCCAGAGGAGAGAAUGACAGCUUUGCACAUCCAAGCUCGUAGAGUGUUGGAGUCACUUGAUCUCUUUGGAGUUUAGCGGACAAUCAGUAGUGUUUUGAAGGUAAGCAGUACAUACAAUUUUAUUUCUAACUGAUGUUGACUGGAGUCACUGGACAAUCCAUAUGCAAAAGAUUGGUACCAAACAACCAAUAGUUUUGACUUUGUGUGAAGUCUAAGCUAGAGUGUAGGUGAGCCUUGAGUUGUUGUCCCUGUUACCGUCAUUUACUGUUGAUGUUCACCGUUUCCCUUAAAGUUUGGUUUUUGACUGUCUGGAAAUGCUACACUACGCCUUUUCGAAUGUCAAUUGCAUUACUCUGGGUAGCUGUAUUGCCUGUAUAGAGCUUGUUCAUCUCCCAUGGUUUUCUGAAACAAAUGUCGAUGUAAAUUGCCUUUUUUUGUGUGUGAUUUCAUUGUAAAUGAUAGUUUCUGCUGAGGAUCGGAAUAAAAUGUUAUAUUUCGUAUA